CUGCUUUCGUGGCCCUUUGUCAGAGAACGGGGCUCUCGUCUCCAGAGCAGGGUGGCUGGAGCCGGGCCGCAGCCGCUGAUAGAGAAACAAGCUCCUGUGGGGUCCGUACAUGUGAAUAGGAACCUGUUCCGGGCUUGCGGUGAGCGGAGGCGCUUGGGAAUUGUAGCCAGGCUGGGAAAGGGAGGUCAGUCUCAUUCCGCAGGCAACACCAACGACAAGGAGAGGCAGACCGCUCCAGUCACAAGCAUUCAUUCAGCUCAGCUUCUCACACAGCGGGACCCUACUGGAUCGAAGCAGGACAGCUCAGAGAAGAGGGAGGGAGAAAACGAGAAGAAAAUAGCUAAUAUAGCUCCUGGAAUUACAGGAACCCCACGGAACAUUGCAUUUCAGCUCCCCUUUAUUCAUUACGUGAAGGAGCGUUCACAUCAGUUGGGAUUUCUCAUCAGUGGAGAGGAGGAGGGCGAGAGGGAGAAAGGAAGAUGCAGCUUUUUACUACUAGCCUUUAUUCCGUUUGAGAACUGCCACCGCAACUCAGCGCAUCUUCAGAGCGAGGAUCCAGUCGAUUUUCCCCGUGACUGCAUCAAGCCUAAGGAAUCCAUUAUGACCAGACUUCUUGUGAGCAGUUUUGUGUUAUCAGCAACAAUUACUUUGAGAAUUAUGUCAAGCUUUGCAUCCACUGAAAAUUCUGAAGAAAUUACAACUGAACCAUCAUCAAUUAAGACUGCACAAGACCUAAUACAACAAAAGAUAAUGGAUGCACAGUAUAAAUGUUAUGAUAAAAUGGCCAAGGACCCUUCAUUUGAUAAACGAGGUCUAUACUGUAACCGAACCUGGGAUGGAUGGCUAUGCUGGGAUGAUACACCAGCUGGAAUCCUCAGCAUGCAGAACUGCCCCAAUCAUUUUAAUGAUUUUGAUGAAAAUGAAAAGGCUACAAAAUACUGUGAUGAAGCUGGGAACUGGUUCAAGCAUCCAGAAACCAAUCGAACUUGGUCCAACUAUACAUUUUGUAAUAAAUUCACAGAUUAUAAAAUAAAGAUGGCGCGUAUUCUUUACUAUAUGGCUGUUGUGGGUCAUACACUGUCAAUUAUAUCGCUAUUGAUUUCUCUGGCUAUUUUCUUCUAUUUCAAGAGCCUCAGCUGUCAGAGGAUAACUCUCCAUAAGAAUUUAUUUGUGUCCUACGUAUUUAACUCAGUCUUUACACUUAUCCAACUUAUGGUCGUGGCCAAUGACAAGGAGGUAGUUUCCAAAAAUCCUGUGGGAUGUAAAGUGCUCCACUUCUUCCUCCAGUACAUGUUGGGCUGCAAUUACUUUUGGAUGCUUUGUGAAGGGAUCUACUUGCACACACUAAUUGUGGUGGCAGUAUUUGCUGAGGAACAACAUCUGCACUGGUACUAUCUUCUGGGUUGGGGAUUUCCUUUAAUACCAGCCACCAUCCAUGCAGUGGCAAGAAUGAAAUAUUUUAAUGACAAUUGCUGGAUAAGUGUUGAAACACAUCUGCUUUACAUAGUACACGCUCCGAUUGUUGCAGCUCUAUUGGUCAACCUUUUCUUCUUGCUCAACAUAGUCCGUGUCCUGGUUACAAAGCUAAGAGAUACCCACCGCACUGAAAGCAAUAUGUACAUGAAGGCUGUUAGAGCAACUUUAAUACUUGUGCCACUGCUGGGAAUUCAGUUUGUCAUUAUCCCUUGGAGGCCAGAAAACCGACUUGCUGGUGAAAUUUAUGACUACAUUAUGCACAUAUUUGUGCAUUACCAGGGUUUGUUAGUGGCCACCAUAUUUUGCUACUUUAAUGGCGAGAUGCAGGCAGCUCUGAAGAGACAGUGGAUGCAAUAUAAAAUACAAUUGGGCCAGCGACGUCGUGAACACUGUUCCAUGCGUUCAACCUCGUAUACAGCGACAUCCAUCACAGAGGUUCCUGUUUACCUGUAUCAUCAUGACAGCAAUAGUGAACAUUUAAAUGGCAAAUAUGUGGAAGAGUCUGAAAUUGCUGCCCUAAAGUCAAAAGAGAUGUAUGCUUGACUUUACCGACAGUAAUAACACAAGUCACAUUUUCCCUAUUAAAACAUAGACUUCAGUUUCAACUGUUAGUCUCUAUUAUAAGCAACCUGAUCCAGCAGAGGAAAAAAAAUGUCAACGUUUUUCUGGUAGCAGCAGUCCAGAAUGGAGCCAGAUGAGACAGAUGUUGCCAUAUUUCAUACAGUGCUACUUUCAGAAAUCUGACUGGAAAAUGGAGUUGUUGGUUGACACGAGUGACAUUUCCAUGGCUGCAAGUCAUUGAAAAAAACAAAGCCCCAUCACAAAAGUGUGACUGAAAAAAAUUCAAAGAACUUGCACCAGUAUCACAGACUGCACAAAAACACCAGGACAGUAUGCAUCGUAGCAUGCUGUGUAGUAAAUCUGAGCCAAGCACGCUGCAGACUUCAACCAAUUGAUUUACUGCUUUGAAUUUUAUUCAUUGGUUUUUGUUACACUCCUCAUAAAACUUAAGAGGCCUUGAAGAUUUAGUUUUUGUCCCCAAAGUCAGCUCCUCUAUUAAUACUAGUUUAAAAUUUGUGCAAAUUUUUAUGAUUACUUACAGGUCUUUCUGGUUCACACAGUAUAUCUUAUUUCCUUGUUUUGCACUGUGAAGACAAGUUGCAUGCACAUAGACACAUGGGCCAGAACUUUUCCUUUUGAUUGGUGGUCCCACCAUUGCAAAUGGAAGUGCUCCUGCUCCCAUGGGAAUAAAUGGUGAGAUCCUGGGCCUUGUUAUAGUUGCAGAAGUAAAGAAAGAAGGUGCUGUCAAGAUGCACCUCCCACCCCCCCCACCAGCAGCUCACCAACACCACAAGUUGAGAUGGCUGAGUCUGCAGGAAGAACAAAUGAGCACCUCCUUGCUGAGGUACCCUCAAAAACAAGUCUGUGUGCUUUUAAUUAAUCAUAUUUGGGCCAGGCAAGUAGACCCAGCGGUUCAUGGAGGAAGGUACACCCUCCAUCAUGGUUCCCCAAAUCUGUGUAAGCCAUUAGGCACGUUUCCAGGGCUUAUCCAGCUAUCUCUCUCAUGGAAGUACUACCGUCCAAUGCCAACAAGGUUGGGAAAUAGCCCUAAAUUGACCAAUGUGUUCAAUUGGUCACACACCUCCAGUUGACAAAUGACACAUCCUUGAGGUCCCACCUCCAAGAAUACACAGUGGUGGUGGGUCGACCUUCGAUAUCUUCCAUUUUACAAGGCCACCCAUCUCUCAGCACAUCUCUCAACAAGGCUGUCCCCUCCCCUCCCAACAUUUCUGUCAUGAGUACAGUCAUGUGAUGUGAAAUUAGAGCAUGAUGAACCUAAUAGGAAUAUUGUCAGGAUGUAUCGCUCAAGACUCUUCAGUUAUGGCUUGUCUGUUCAUUAACAAUUAAUAAUAGUUAGUCUCAGCUAUGACUCAGUUGGUAAUACUCUCACCCCUAAGCCAGCAGAUUGUGGGUUUAACUCCAUCUCCAGUAUUUAAAGUUAAGUCUGGGGAUGGAGUGGGCUCAUGUACACAAAGAUAGUGUCCCUUUCUCUUACCUACGAGCAUGGGGCUCAGGUCCCACCUAUUCCAGAGAUGUAUAAUAAUCUUUCUGAGCUGAUUGAAUUGAGAACAUAUUCAAAGGUCAAAGCUGAUGCUUCACUGAUGGGAAUGGCAUCUUUUGGAAGAGAUGCAAAACCAAGAGCCAUCCAGUGUCUGAGAUGGAGCAGAAAAGAUGCCAUGCUGCUAAUCGGGUCUUGUAUUUCAGCCAUUAUUCAGAAUCCAACAAAGUUCAUAAAAAACAGAUUGUUCGCUCAUUAUCGCAUUGCUUUUUGCACUUACUCAGUAAGUAGGCUGCAUUUCCUAUCCCAGUGAUUAUGUUUAAUAAGUACUUACCUGGCUGUAAGAAAUUUUGGCAAAAGACAGCUAUAUGAAAGGAACUCUUUUAUUUAAUAAACUUGUAAUUUUGCUUAAUUCUCACUGCCAUUUCCGAUGCCAGCCAAAUAACAAAUAUGAUUAUUAUUAAUGUUGUCUGAAUGCAGUGAACUGAAGGAGCACAUUGGCAUUUCAGGAUGAAGAGCCAAACAAGACAAUAAAAAGCAAAGCUGAGAAAUUGAUUCUUUUAAAUUGAUCCUUUAACAAUGUGUUUUCAUGAGAGUCAGGGUUUUGAAGGUGUUCUACCACAUGUGGAUUAUUUAAAGGUUAGCACAAUAUAAACAUAUCUACUAUUGCUCAUAGAUUGGGUUCUCUUAAAACUAAUGGAUUCUUUCACAGUGACUUGUUCACAUUGGUAAUUACAGCUUUCUUCAGGGCCUGUACCAGGAUUUAAUUUAAUUAGGUUUUGCUUUGUGUCGAUAAUCAACAAAUUAUGAGAGCAAGACAAUGGUAGAAAAUGUUGUGACAUCAAAUGAUCUUUUUAGUAAGGAGCUCUGUAUGGUACUGAUUUUACAAAGCUAGUUUAGAAUAAGUUAACAAUCACACAGCACCAGGUUAUAGUCCAAUAGGUUUAAUUGGAAGCACUAGCUUUCGGGGCGGUGCUCCUUUGUCAGGUGAAUAGAUGAAGUUCAUUUUUGUGUGCAUAUCAAGCUAUUUAACAUAUUGCAUUUUCUAAAAGUUUUUAACAUUAUCUUUACAUAAAACAUUAGAAAAUUAUGACAAGCUUCUCCAUGCUAAGGCAAUAGCAAAAUAGAAAGCAUGCAUUUAAAAUUCCUCCGGCGCCUAUAUCUUGUCACUACUUUGGUUCAUCAGUGAAGAUUUGCCCUCUCAGUAUUCCUACUGAGAUUGUAAAUAUCUUCUUGCAGAAUGCUUUUAGAGUUUGUCUGGAAAUAUUGAACAAAUCAAACCAUAUAAACAUCAGAGGAAUUGUUCCUCCCAUCUUACUUAGGAGAUAUCUCAUGACUAAAAAUCUUAUGGAUUAUUAAAAGGUAAUGUCACCAGAGUCCAAUUGGACCAUAGGGCCCUUCUGUAAUUAUAGAGACAUGACAGUGGUUUAACUUAGAGUCACCAUGCCCAAGGUGAGGGAGAGGAAAGCUUUUCAUGGUAACCACAACUGCAGGAAUUGAACCCAUGCCAUUGGUCUCACUCAUCAGUGGAGCCUCAGUUUAUUCAGAAGUAGGAUGAACUCAAAUUAGCAAGUAAUCUUAUCUAAGUUCAGGACUUUUCCAUGAUUUAUUGCAGUAUAUAUUUCAUAAGUUUCACACAAAAAGGAUCAGCCUUCAAACCUAAAAAUGAUUUUCAACUAUAAAAACAAGUUGAGAAUUAUAAAAAUAUGAUGAAUUCUCAAACUCCAGAACAUUUUUGUAAGAGUUCUUUGUAUGAAAGGCCUUUUUAAAGAUAGAAAUAUCUCAUCAUGUUUUUACAAUGAUGAGACCCAAACUGUGAUCCGGAAAACUUUAGAGGAUGUAAGCAUUGAUAUUACCAUGAGAGGCUAUAAAAGUGGAACUAAAUGGGAACAAACUUCCCCACCCUGGUCAUACUUAACUGGUUGACUGGGUGCAACAAUUUGGUUCUAAAAUGCUGCAAUUAUGUUUUGCAACAAAGUGGGCAUUUGUGUUGUGUUAUGUCACUACCAUGU